CCAUCCCUGCUCCUGUAGCGGUCUCGGUCUCCCAGCAGAAGACGCAGCCAUGAAUCCGUUAUUCGGCCCCAACCUCUUCCUCCUACAACAGGAGCAGCAGGGGCUGGCCGGACCGCUAGGGGAACCCCUGGGAGGCGACCACUUGGCCGGGGGAGGGGACGUGUCCCCGGCGCCGCUCGCCCCGGCCGGCCCGGCUGCCUACUCGCCGCCCGGGCCGGGCCCGGCGCCCCCCGCCGCCAUGGCACUCCGCAACGACCUGGGCUCCAACAUCAACGUGCUCAAGACCCUGAACCUCCGGUUCCGCUGCUUUCUGGCCAAGGUGCACGAGCUGGAGCGCCGCAACCGGCUGCUGGAGAAGCAGCUGCAGCAGGCGCUGGAGGAGGGUAAGCAGGGCCGGCGGGGCCUGGCUCGCCGCGACCAGGCCGUGCAGACCGGCUUCGUCAGCCCCAUCCGGCCCCUGGGGCUGCCCCUCGGCGCCCGGCCGGCCGCCGUCUGCACCCAGUCGGCGCGGGUGCUGGGCUCGCCCGCGCGCUCGCCAGCCGGCCCCCUCGUGCCCUCCGCUGCCAGCCACUCGUCGCCCUCCACCUCCACCUCCACCUCCUACUCCUCGUCAGCCCGCUUCAUGCCCGGCACCAUCUGGUCCUUCUCUCACGCCCGCCGGCUCGGGCCGGGACUGGAGCCCACUCUGGUGCAAGGGCCUGGCCUGUCGUGGGUGCACCCCGACGGGGUGGGCGUCCAGAUCGACACCAUCACCCCCGAGAUCCGUGCGCUCUACAACGUCCUGGCUAAAGUGAAGCGCGAGCGGGACGAGUACAAGCGGAGCUGCUUCUCCAGGGUUAAAUGGCACCACAAGAGGCAGGGCAGCGGGCUAGAGGAGCCCUGGUCUGGUGCAGGCAGGAGGCGGGAGACCGGAUCUGUGCCACUGAAGGUGGGGGACCGGGCUGGUGGGCCUGGUGGUCUGGUGCGGGCAGGACAGGGGAGGAGGCCAGCCAGGCAGCUGGUGGGGCUGGGGCCUGAGGGGAUGGGCGCCAUGAGGGAGCACAGUGGCAGCAGUUCCCCGGAAGCCCAAGAGGCUGACGCCUGCCAGGAGGAGCUAGCGAUGAAGGUGGAGCAGUUGAAAGCGGAGCUAGUGGUCUUCAAGGGGCUCAUGAGCAAUAACCUGUCUGAGCUGGACACAAAGAUCCAGGAAAAGGCCAUGAAGGUAGAUAUGGACAUCUGUCGCCGCAUCGACAUCACCGCCAAACUAUGCGACGUGGCUCAGCAGCGCAACUGUGAGGACAUGAUCAAGAUGUUCCAGAAGAAGCUGGUCCCAUCCAUGGGGGGGCGGAAGCGGGAGCGCAAGGCUGCCAUCGAGGAGGACACCUCCCUGUCGGAGAGUGAUGGGCCCCGCCAGCCCGAUGGGGAUGAGGAGGAGAGCACAGCCCUCAGCAUCAACGAGGAGAUGCAGCGCAUGCUCAACCAGCUGAGGGAGUAUGAUUUUGAGGACGACUGUGACAGCCUGACUUGGGAGGAGACUGAGGAGACCCUGCUGCUUUGGGAGGAUUUCUCAGGCUAUGCCAUGGCAGCCGCAGAGGCGCAGGGAGAGCAGCAGGAAGACAGUUUGGAGAAGGUGAUCAAAGAUACCGAGUCCCUGUUCAAAACCCGGGAAAAAGAAUAUCAGGAAACCAUUGACCAAAUAGAGCUGGAGCUGGCCACGGCCAAGAAUGACAUGAACCGGCACUUGCACGAGUACAUGGAGAUGUGCAGCAUGAAGCGGGGCUUGGACGUGCAGAUGGAGACCUGCCGUCGGCUAAUCACCCAGUCUGGAGACCGAAAGUCUCCUGCUUUCACUGCGGUCCCGCUUAGCGACCCGCCGCCGCCGCCGCCAAGCGAGACUGAGGACUCCGAUCGCGAUGUCUCAUCUGAUAGCUCCAUGAGAUAGGGACCUACCUCCAGCCUGGUGGACUGGGGCCCCACCCUGCCGGGAACUCACAGAGGCAGAGGGGUGGGGGGUUCACAGAAGGGGAACGCCAUCCGUCCCGCCGCACCAAGCCUCGCCCCUGGGGACUGGGGCGCUCCUCCCUCGGGCUUCCUGCCUUAGUCCUUGGCCUUCAGGGUUCUGAGGUGUCUGGAGCGAGGCUCAGCCUGCCCUUCCCAGGUGACUCCCACCACAGCUGGGGCUCUCCUGCCUUCACGCGUGGGCGUCUGCUACUUCUCAUCUUUAAAAUGCUGCCAGAGCGAUCGUGGCCCCUUACUUUCUCCAUUGAGUAAGGAAUGUGAUUGUCAGAUCUUCCAUCUCUUGAGGCCUCGAGCCAGCUUACUGUCUUUGAUUCUGUACUGGUGCUAACUGGCCCAGGCACUGGUAUGAAGUGGAUUAGGCUGGUCCUUCCAGGGCUUGUGCAACACACAUGCAGUGGGAGAGGGCUUCCCUCCAAGGUGCAGGUGGAGGGGAGGCGGGACCGGGCAGGGCGCUCUGUCCCCCCUUGCGUUGUCAUCCACCCGUGGAUGGCAGUGAUGGGGCUGUGACCCGUCCUUUAUGGAAGUGCCAUGCAUUGAAGGGGCCUCCGGUCUAGGCGGCUUCUGGAUCCGACUGGGUGCAGUACCGUGGAGGGAGAUGGAAGUUUCCCAAUGCUGAGUGGCAGAGAAAAAGGUGAAGCUACUUGUAUGUGUGUGUGCGUGUGUGUGUGUGUGUGUGUGUGUGUACAUGUGUGCUCAGGGUCUCAGUUUCUUCAAGUAUCAGCUGAAGAUGUGCCUCCUCCGUGCCUGUCAUACACUGAGAGCAGCAGGCUGAGAUGUCCUGGACUUGGAAAAGCUUGGGAGAAACUGGGGAGCCGUGAAUGCGGACACGUCAGCAUAACUGCCUGAGGGAAGCUGUGCUGAGCGGACAUUUGAAUGGAGUCUUUAAUAAUAAUGAAACUGGCGAGUAUUUAUUGAA